AUGGUAGCGGAAGUGAAUCUGGAGAAGCGUGAGGCCAUCCCCGGCAUCGGAUAUUAUCCACAUGAGCCAAUUUCAACUGGUGUAAGUUUUUUUGGACGUUUUUAGUAGUGUAAUAGCUUGUAAAAUUUAUUUCUUGAAUUUUAGACCACUCUGAUCGCUUGUGAAUUUGAAGGCGGCGUUGUUGUUGGUACUGAUGCUCGAACGAGUGCUGGGUAAGGAAUUUUAUUUGUUGUUUGUUCUGUUUCUAGGCACUGGUCAAGAUCUGGUAUAGAAUAGGCGAAGGUAUUUAUGCAGUUCGACGAAUAUUUUAUUUAGAGCAGUAGUUUGAUCUGCUGGAACCACUCCUUGCUUUUUGUGGUGGUUUACAAUUUUUUUGGGACUAAGCAAAAUAAAUUGUUGUUAGAAUUCGUCCAGAAUUGAUAGAGAAUGCGGUUUUGUCAAAGUUUUCUAAAGUGCGAGGAGGGAAUGUACAUUUUUAGCUGUCAUGUCGUAGAAUUCUUCUUUUUGUGUCGUUUACAUGCCUGAAUUUUAGUUAAAAAAUUUCAAUUCAUGGUGAUCUCCACCAGAGAUUUUAUAUCAAAACUUGAUUUUAUUUUUUCAGAAGCUUCAUUGCCUCUCGAGUUACCGAUAAGAUUACUCCGAUCAACUCUCAUCUUGUUGUCUGUCGAUCUGGAAGCGCUGCCGAUACCCAGGCUAUUGCUGACAUUGCCAAGUAUCACAUCGAGCUUUAUGGGUAUGUUUUUCGAGUUUUUUUGAUUUUCUUGGCUUUUAGAACUUCAAAAGACAAGGAUUAUUUGUUCUUUUUGAAGAUUGGAUUGAUAUUUUUGUUAUUCGUGACAUAAAUCUUCCAAUUUUAGAACUAUGGAGAAUGAGCCCGUGACUGUCUACCGAUCGACUCAAAUCUUCCGAAAAUACCUCUAUGACUAUCGCGAUCAGCUCUCAGCCAGUGUGAUUGUCGCCGGAUGGGAUGAAUCAGAAGGAGGACAGAUCUAUGCCAUUCCUUUGGGCGGUUUUACCACACGACAAAGUUUUACUGCUAGUGGAUCUGGUAGUACUUUUGUUACAGGAUUUAUGGACAAGUCAUGGAAGAAGGGAAUGACUUUGGACGAGGUUAAGAAUGUAUGUUUGAAGGAUUUAUAUUGUUUUAGGGGGAUUUUUGAUGGGUUUAGAUGGUCGUACGAUAAAUUUCAGAUUUUGAUUUUAUUUUUUAUAUUAUUUUAGAUAUCAAAUGUUCAAGUUUGAUGUAAUUCUUUCUAAAAUAUUAUUUUCAGCUUGUGAUCACCUCGGUUGGUCUUGCCAUGUAUCGUGACGGCUCCUCCGGUGGUGUGAUUCGUCUAGCCAUCAUCGACAAAACCGGUACCAAACGAGAACUUUACCGUCCAGACGCCUCUCCCAUCUUCCCACAAUUCGAGGUCCCCAAGGUCUAUCCCGCCUUCCCCAAGCACAUUGAACAACACCCAGUGGAGUAG